AUGUCAUUUAGAGACUUGGAUGUUGAUCUAGAAGCUCAGAAACCAUUUUCAGACUCUCCAGAGUUUGAUAACUUAACAGAAGAAGCCUCUAACUUGUUGCUAGAUGUUAAUAAUAAUUUAGUGACACUAAAAAGAUUCGUCAACUCCCUUCAAAGUAGAAAGGAUAUAAAGAAUGCGUCAAAUUUGAAUAGCAAAUCAGUAAAAUCAAUAGAAUCAAUAACAGACUUGUUCAAACAACUCAGUCUACUGAGCAGACAAAUAAAUCGUUUUGAGGAGCUGAACCCUUCUCAAACAUUCACCAAAGACAAAGUCACAAGAGAGAUAAAGGUAUCACUACUAGAGUUCCAAUCAUUACAAGAAAAAUACACCACUUUAACAAAAACUUUGAAUGAAGAAGCCCAAACAGCAUUGGAUGAAGAACAAGAGGCCGCUGGUUCUGAACUACAACAUGCUAAUCAAGACUUGGUUUUGGAAAGAGAUGUUAUCAAUAAUGAAGAAUUUGUGUAUCAACAGAACCUUAUAAGGGAAAGAGAAGAAGAAAUUCAAAAUAUUGAGCAUGGUAUCAGCGAAUUGAAUGAAAUUUUUACUGAUUUGGGUGCUAUAGUGAGAGAACAGGGGACUAUGGUUGAUAAUAUAGAGUCCAAUAUAUAUGACAUUUCACAAUCCACAAAGUCGGCUGCUGGUGAGCUAACUAAAGCUCUAAAUUAUCAAAGAAGAUCGAGAAGUAAAUCUUUUUGUCUUUUAACUAUUCUUGUUGUUAUUUUGGUUGUUGUUCUUUUAGGUAUAUUUUUGGGUUAG